AUGGAGCGCAUAGCACAGCACUAUCGUAGUGGUAAAAGAGAUAGAAACGGCAACAGGAUGACCUCCCCUGUUAUAUCAGAAAAAAACCAUUUACAGGUCGAACAAGCAAGAACGCCUGCUCAAAUGCCCGCAUAUAGAGGUGAAACUAUAAACUUGUCCAGCCUUUCUCAAAACUCGGUCAAACCGUGCACAGAUUUGGACGACCCUAGCAUACGACGUAACAACUCCGACAAACGUUCCAAAGUGCUGCUGCUCGAUCUAUCUACAGGUCCUACUGCAUCUUCAUCUGUAAGCAAUGCAAAUGCCGGUGAUAUUACCAUUUUACAGUUACCGCUGCCCAGCACAUUAGUGAAAAGGUCGAACUACCCGUUUGAAAAACUACUGAAGAACUAUCUUGGUUCGGAAGAGAAAUAUGUUGAGUUUAUUAAGGUAAUCAAAGCUUUUGACGUUUUCAUUUUCAAUGAUUCAUUUAGUAAGAUUUCGACCUGUUUAAAAACAACUUUUUGUCUCAUCGAAAAGUUUCAAAAGUUCAUAUAUCGUUCCUUCCCAUCAUCUUACCUGAAAUUUUUUCUUUUCGAAGGCUCCUUAAAGGAUUGUAAACCAUCUUCCUUGGGGAGAAACAAAAAAAAUUGCAUAACGCCUAAAGUGGAUUUGAACUUGAAGCUAAACUUGCAUACAAAUUCAACUCUGAACUUGAGGAUAAAUAUACCCCCACCUAAUGAUUCAAACAAAAUAUUCCUACAAUCUUUGAAGAAAGAUUUGAUCCAUUAUUCGCCAAAUUCCUUACAGAAGUUUUUCCAGUUUAGUAUUCCUUCCGAUUUAGUUUCUAACGAUUCUACUCUACCCAACUGGCUUAGAUACUACUCGACAAAAGAAAAUGAAAAGGCAAUUCUGAAGAAAAUUUUUGACAGUUUUGAAACCCUUGAGAACUUUGAAAUGCGAAGAUUAGAAAAGUGUUUGAAGUUCAAGAAAAUGCCUCCUCUGCAACAAAAGCAACAACCGCAACAGCAGAAAAUACCAAACAAAUUAGACAAUUCAAAAUUGUAUUCUUUAACCAGUUUGCAAAGGCAAUACAAAAGCGUUGAGAAAAGGAAUGUGCAAAACAAUAGGAACUUGAAAGUAGUUAUACCAAAGCUCAACACUUCAUCUUCACCAUCACCAUCACCAUCACCACUAUCAUCUGACGACACUAUAAUGACACCAAUAAACGAUUAUGAACUUACCGAGGGCAUUCAAUCAUUCACCAAAAACAGGUAUUCCAAUAUCUUACCUUACGAACAUUCAAGGGUCAAGUUACCUCACUCUCCCAAACCGUCUACAGAAACUGACGUACCUACAACCAACUUAGUAUCUUAUUCGCCGAAAACGGAUGAUUCUUACCCAAUGUGCCCCAUAGGGUCAAAAAACCAUCCCUGCAAACUUAACGACUAUAUCAACGCAAACUAUUUAAAACUAUCACAAAUAAAUCCUGAUUUCAAGUACAUUGCUACCCAAGCGCCACUACCCUCUACAAUGGAUGACUUCUGGAAAGUCAUAACGUUGAACAACGUCAGGAUAAUAAUAUCACUGAACUCAGAUGAUGAAUUGAACUUAAGAAAAUGGGACGUUUACUGGAAUAAUUCAUCAUGUUCUAACUACAAAAUUAAACUUCAAAACACCUGGGAAAAUAUUUGCAAUAUCGAUGGAUGUGUAUUGAGGGUAUUUCAAGUCACAAAAUUAACCCCCGAAAAUAAUAGCCUCAAGGAGAAUGGCCAUGAUGGUAACACUACUGCCACCACUAUGCCCGCAUCUCAUCCGUUUAUUGUCUACCAAUUACAAUACAAGAAAUGGUUGGAUUCUUGUGGCGUGGAUAUAAAUGACAUUAUUAAACUACACAAGAUCAAAAACUCUCUACUGUUUAACCCUCAAAAAUUCGUCGCAAGCCUACAAAAGGAUAUUUAUAAGCCUGACUUAAUAGACGAUAAGAACAGUGAUCUCCGCCUUGACACAGUGAAUUCAUCCCCAUUAUUAGUUCAUUGCUCAGCCGGAUGUGGAAGAACAGGCGUUUUUGUCACGCUAGAUUUCUUGCUAAGCAUUCUUUCGUCGACAACAAAUCGCUCCAACAAGAUCGAUGUUUGGAAUAUGCCCCAAGAUCUUAUCUUUAUCAUUGUAAAUGAGCUGAGAAAACAAAGACUUUCAAUGGUACAAAAUCUCACUCAAUAUAUUGCCUGUUAUGAGGCAUUGCUGAAUUAUUUCGCACUGCAAAAGCAUGUUGAACACGGGUCAUCUCCUUGA